AUGACACCAGAUAUGGCACCAAGUAGUAGCGAAGAAGAUCCUCGGCUUAGAAAACUUACGCAAGAGCUUUGUAGUCAACUUGCAGUCAAUCGUGAACAAGUGAGGCGGUUACAGCAACAAGUAGAUGAACUAAAAAGUCGUGCUGAAAGAUACGAGGGUCCUUUAAAUCGUUCAAAUUAUAAAGGCCCAACUUUUGAAGCUGGAACGGAUAUAGAACGUCAAAAUGCACAAUUAAUUUAUGAAAAUCGACAGUUAAAUGAAGAAAAUUCAGAACUGUUAUCUAUAAUUAAAGAAUAUGAAACAACAUUGCAAAUAGUUAUGAUGAAAUUUCGAAUUCAAUCUUGUGAAAUACAACGAAGUAAAUUAGACAUGCAACGAGAUUAUGAAGCACUACUGGAUGAGGAGCGAGCAACGACAUCACAAGUGUUAUCAGAAAAUGUCACCCUACAAUCAUAUAUUUCCAACAUUAGUAGUCUAGUCAGGGAAGCUUACGAUGCUCAGACUGAUUUGGAUACAGAUAUUCUAAUAGAAAGUCUGAAAGUAGAAAAUCAGGGAUUGAAACAAAUGCUAAACAUUGCUAAUAUUGACACCGAAACUAAUUUACAAAAUAGCUAA